AUGUGUAUCCUACUUUAUUUCCUUGCAAUAUUCUCCUUCACUUACCUUAAACAUCUAUGCCUUAUUGAAGCUCAAACUCAAACUAAUGCCGCCUUCACCAUCGAUCUAUUUCACCGUUAUUACUCUCCAAAAUCUCCAUUCUACAACUCCUCUAUGUCCUCUACACAACUCUUCCAUAAAGUAUCCCUUUCCUCUGCCUCAAGGUACCACGAAAUUAAAUGGCUGCAAAAUAACUUAGGAGGAGUUAGUACUAAUAUAGUUCCUAAUGAGGGAGAUUUCCUUAUGCAAAUCUCUGUUGGUACUCCACCGGUGCAGCUAGUCGCGGCUGCAGUCACAGGAACUGACUUAACAUGGUUUCAGUGUAAGCCUUGUAUCCUUUGCUACCAACAGAACACUAGUAGUUUCGAUCCUGCAUCUUCCAUAACCUACCAAAAUCUUCCUUGUGAUGCACAACAUUGUAGUAGUCUUGACACAACACACAUAAAUUGUGAUCCAAAAGAAAAUUUAUGUAGGUAUUGGUAUACUUAUGGGAAUGCAACAGCUAUUACUGAAGGAGUCAUGGGAAGUGACUCGUUUUUCUUUACAAAUUCGGAUGGUGAUGAGACGGUUGCCUACACCUCCAUUGCUUUCGGGUGUGGAUAUCAGCAAAACGGGUAUUUCGAUAAUGAUUCAGCAGGUGUUGUAGGCCUAGGAAACGGACCUCUUUCGCUUGUUUCUCAGCUAGGCCCAUCAAUUUCAUACAAAUUUUCUUACUGCUUGACUUCUGUUAACUCACACCAAGUAAGUAAGUUGAGAUUUGGUGGGGUUAUUGAGGAUGCAUCAGGAAAUGGAGUUAUGACAACUCCUUUACUUACUAUUAAUCCUUCACCCUUCUAUAAUCUCGGGUUAAACGGAAUAAGUAUCGGACAAAUGAGCAUAAACAUGAACAGGGAUAUAAUCAUUGACACCGGCACCACACUAACCUACCUAGAUCCUUCCAUCUUCUAUAACAUUGAAGCUAUGGUGAACAAUGCCAUAGGCACGAACCCUGUUACUAAUAAUCCUCUGUUGGAGCCUGUUUUGUGCUAUGAUACAACUACAGCAGCUUUAAUUCCCCCUGACAUAGUCUUUCAUUUAAAUGGGGGUGACUUAGUAUUGAAGGCUAACAACAUAUUCUUUUCAAUUGGGAAUUACCUUUGCUUAUCAAUCACUGCAUCACCAAAAGAUGGUGAUCCCAUGGUGCUUGGUAACAUGGCUCAGGUUAACCUUGAGAUUGAGUUUGAUCUACUAAGCAAGACGGUCAGCUUUUCACCUAAAGAGUGUUACCAGGAGAGUAGCUAGCUAUAUAUAUAGCGCAAAUCAUGCAUGCUCCUUGAGAUGUUUAUAGAACUAUA